CUCCCACAUUCUCAGAGACUCGUCCCAGACACAUUCCCAGAACAGCAUCUAAGCGAAACGCCAUACCUCAAGCUUUAUCCCGCUACCCGUUCCGACAAACACCCAAUCACUACCGGAAUAAACAAACUCUAUUCGUACCUAACGUACCACUUACCACUUAUGAUGGAUGCCAAGAUAAUAGAGAAGGAGAUGGCAUUGGCCAUUGCCAAUUCGGCCGUCGGCGAAUGCCCCGAGAUAAGAAAAAGGGCCAAUUUAAAGGUGACAAAUAUAGAUCACGACACUUGUCUCGAUGAUACUACUGCAGCAUGUGUAAAGUCAUUUCCGCAUAAGCGGAACCUCAAAGGUACUGGCCUUCGACUGUCCUGGCCUAAUGUCGGUGACAGCAGACGCGCGGUUGUUGGAAAAUUGCCGUCGCACGCCUCACAAUAUGGGGCGUCACAUAAUAACAACGGUCCUUAUUCUUCGGAUGCCCGUAUUACUCAUGUGUCUUACGCGGAUAUUGAAAUGCACUAUAGCAUUACAAAUCAGGUAGCUAAAGAAUCCACCCAACCGGUAUUACAUAUACCGUUAGUAUGGAAUCCUAUUAAAUUGGAAGUUGGUGACACGAGCCUAUUCGAUUACUUUCGAUAUAGUGCAUCACAAUCUCUUGCCGUAUUUGGUCAUGAUCCAAUAGAUUUAGGUAAUGCACUGAUCCGAAUUUCCCUGGCAAGCGAGACGACGUCUGCUGUAGCAGCACUCCAGUCACUACUAGCUUUAUCUUCACUACACCGUCACGAUGUUCAUUCACAGGCUGUGGAGCUAAAGAUCUCCGCUCUCAAAUCCCUAUCGGCCGCAGCAGGGAGCCACUUUGGCACCACGGAAGCAGCACAACAUGUUGCCGCAGGAAUGCUGCUAUGCUCUUUCGAGGUCCACCAGUCAUCUUGUACCUCGGGACAAUGGCUGUGGUAUUUAUCCGGAGUUAAGAAUCUUAUUAAAGCUACCGGCCUCGACAAACACACUCACGACAGCGAUAUAGCUAUGUUGUUGGAUUGGGUGUAUUACUAUGAUGUAUUAGCACGUUUCACUCUGCGGCACUGGGAUAGAGAAACUGUGGAAAAUACAUCAGCUGAAUCAAGUAUCCGUGCAGAGGCUUCCCAAGCGGCACCUUCAGCUCUCACUAUGGUCGAGAUGUUGUCGGAGGUUUGUGAUGCGGUAUCUACCCGACCGCCGGCUAGAUCAUCUCUCGAGGAUAUAGACGACUACAAAAAUUUCCUAAAAAUCCUCGACUGGAGAAUCAGGGCUAUUCAAGUGAAACGCAUGGCUAAUGACACUACCGAUGCGCCAUUAGUGAUGGAAUUAUAUCAGCUAGCUACAUUGGUGUAUCUCAACCGUGCGUCAGACAACGUACUUAACCAGACGAGCAGGAUCCAGCAGCAUAUCGAUAGGGCUUUCACUCUGUUCUCCCAGCUGGAAUAUUGCGUUAGGCAGUUUCCCAUCUUUGUGUUAGGAUGCGAGGCUCGAAGGGACGACCAACGGGCGGCAGUUCUUGAUCUCAUAUCAAGAUCUGAAAAGCAUGAAUCUUCGCGGUCAUUUAACCACGUUAAGCUACUAAUUCAGGCGAUUUGGGCGCAAGACGACUUGGCUAACGGGGAGAUUAAUUACUGGGAUAAGGUAAGCUAUAUAAUUAGCCGCUGCUCAAUUCUCCCUACCUUUGUUUAGAUUAGAAUACCUCAUAGGAGGAAAGAAACAAGGUCGGAAGCAGUUAAAUUCCUACUGUACUACAUUAUUAUAAAUCUAUGUUGCCACUAUGUACCUAUAGUCUAGAUAGAGGUAUCUAAGGUAAAUUAGGCAAACUCCGAAGUCAUUAUUAAUACCAAAGGUUAGGUACUUACAUAUGCC